AUGAAUCCAGCACCUGAGAUCAGUUCAUUCCUUCAGUUGAAUUCAGAAGACCGGAGAGUUCAGUUUGCUAGUCUGAAGCUAACUGGCACCGCUCAACUCUUUUGGGAAAGUGUUGAGGAACUCUUGGAGCGUUGUCAUGCUCCUUCUGUUGGGAGUUGGGAUGAAAUGAAGCGUCGCCUUCAAGAGAAGUAUUUACCUCAAUCGUAUAAGGGUCAUUUGUUGGAUCAAUGGAAUGCCCUCACGCAAGGCACCGGACCAGUGACUGAGACUCCGUUUAGAAGUCGUGGUGACAAUCGUACCCCUGUUUCUUCAGCACCCAGUUCUACAGCGCCCACUGUGCCCCAAAAAUCUAUCUUAGGGCCUUCUCCAUCUAAGGGUCCUCUUGUAGGAAAAAAUAAAGGUAGGGGUCCAGAAAUUCAAAGGACGUCAUUCCGCUUGCAAUGUUUUAAUUGUAAGGGUUUCGAUCACAUUUCUUCUAACUGUCUGAGUCGAGCCCUAGUUCUGGAAGAACAUGAGAGUAGAGAGGAUGGUGUAUUGGAGGAUCAAGUUUACAAACCUAAGUUUGAAGAGUUUGAGGACUUGGAUGAUAAUGAAGAUACCUUCUUAGGUUGUAUUCGAACCCUUCCGGUGGAGUUAGAGUCAAGGCUACUUAUCCUAAACACGUCGAGAUUGGGUGUUGUACGUUGUAUCCUGACUCAGCCCAAAAAUGCUGACGAUUGGCGACGUUAUGCCAUUUUCCACACUUACAGCAAGAUCAAUAAUAAAGGAUGUAAAGUCAUAGUGGAUAGUGGUAGUUGCAUUAAUGCGGUGUCGAUGACUACUGUAGCGGGUCUGGGGUUGCAAUUCGUACCUCACCCUCAGCCAUAUAGCGUCUAUUGGGUUGAUACUUCCUCGAUAACUGUAAAUGAACGUUGUCUGGUGCCUAUUCAGUUUCUCGAGUAUAAGGAUCAUAUAUGGUGUGACGUCAUUCCCAUGGAUGUCGGUCACAUCAUUCUUGGUCGGCCUUGGUUGUUCGAUUUAGAUGUAACCAUUUAUGGUCGAUCAAAUUCAUGCUCGUUCAUAUUUAAUGGUAAGAAGAUCCACAUUAACCCUUUUCCACCAAGACAUGUUGGCUUACAUGAAACAAAGAAAAGUGCGGAACGAAAGGAAUUACACAUCAUUAAUCCUACGGAGUUCGAACGCACACUUGUGGGCAAUUCGGUUGUGUUUGCCUUUGUGGUCUUAGAAGUCUCAUCUAGUUCCCCAUCUGUAGCCCCUCCUGAAGCCCAGACGAUCAUUCAAGAGUUCCAGGAUGUGUUCCCCGAGGACUUACCUGACGAACUACCUCUUUUACGGGACAUGCAACAUGCCAUAGACUUAGUCCCGAGAGCGUCGCUUCCAAAUUUGCCUAUUAUAGGAUGA